AUGACUGACGAUUAUGAGGCCAGUGCACGCGCCCUAACAUGUGCGUCAAGCGCAAAGGUUUAUAAUUCACUCACUCUGAGCUGCGAAGAGAGGUUCGCGAGCUCGUAUACCGCUAAGGUCACCACGACCUCGGUCUUUGUUGACACCGAUGAAACCGGGACGGCGACCGUCGUUUUCACCCCUGAUUUUGAUGCGGUCAACGCGUUUGGACUAGAAUAUAUUCCGAUGACUUCUACAAGUAGUAGUUCCUCUACGGCCGAAGCGACCCCAACCGCAACAGCUACAACCGCAACAACUAAAUUAUCCUCAUCUACUGUGACGACUACCUCUACUACAUCGACCGCUGCAAAUAACACUAAUAAGACUAGUCUAUCUAGCGGGGCGAUUGCCGGUAUUGUGGUGGCAGCCGUCGCUUUCAUUCUCAUCAUCGCCCUAACUUGGAACCGCUCAAAGAUCACUAUGUGGACUCACCGACAUAGCGCUCCACGACCAGAUAGGAUAGAGAAAAAUAUGUACUCGAAUACCUUCCAGUCAAGUCCAGGCUAG